AUGCUCCCGCCUCAAGCACCGCCUGCACCGAUAGACCACGUCUCCAUCACCGCCGACCGAAUUUCUCUCGACCCGCUGCUUCUCUUGGUCCGAGAUGGCCAGGACGGCGCUAUUGCAACCUUCACUGGCACCACUCGCGACCACUUUGUCGUCGACGGCGUCCGCAAACGGGUCCUGCGGCUUGAGUAUGAGGCCUACGAGCCCAUGGCCCACAAGGCCCUCCUGGAGCUCCUUGCCCAGGCCAGACAGCGGUGGCCUGAAAUCACCCAUCAAGCAAUCGUCCACCGCAUCGGAGUCGUGCCUGUCGCCGAGGCCAGCGUCAUCAUCGUCGUCACGAGCCCGCAUCGCCAGGAGGCCCUUGCUGCAUGUUCGUGGCUGAUCGAUGAGCUCAAGGCAACUGUGCCUAUCUGGAAAAAGGAGUUUUACGAAGACGGAAGUACUUGGAAGGCAAACUCGGAGUGUCUUGGGUGCCGGAGAUCUGCGGUCCAGACUGACAGCUCGCCGCUGGAUGCUGGGUUGCCUCCACGCUCGGCCCUGGCUCUCUUCAUCGAGCAUGUCGCUCCUCAGAUGGCAGUCGUCGAUCCCGGAUCAUCCGCUGCCGAACAAUACCAGGCAGUCUUGCUCAAGUGGAAAGGCCUGACGGGCGCUGAGCGGCAGCAGUGGAGCGAAAGGGCUGUCGAAGACGAACGCCGGUGGGAGCGGCAGCUUGGCGAAUACCACAUAUGUUAG